CACCCCGUCGGGUUCGGCACGCCAGUAUGCAGCCAUGUUCACGAUCCUGAAGAGCAAGACUGACGUCGACGGCAAGAUGAAGUACCAGAUCCUUGCGCCAGAUGAAGUGGAGGCUUACAACGACAUCUUCAAGGUGUUUGAUGAGGGAGGUAAAGGAUACCUGACGGCAAGCGACUUCAGCAGAGUGGGCAACAUCCUCCACACCAGCAGCACCGACACUGCAGACGUCUGCAGCAGGUUCGACAUCAACGGUGACGGUAAGGUGACGCUGGACGAGCUACUCACUGUCGUCGCGUGUAUGAACCAGAAGGCAAACACGGAAACGGAAAUGGCCCACGUUUUCAGACUGCUGGACAAGAACAGCGACGGCAGUCUGGACAAAGGGGAGCUGAAGCAGUUGAUGACGUCGCUGGGGACGCAGUUGUCUGAGAAGGAGGUGGAUGACAUCAUAAUGAAGUUUGACAGCGACCUGGACGGCCGUCUCCAAUACGGAGAAUUUGUGAAGAUGUUGUCCUCAUAAAGCAAACUUCGGGAGAUGCUGGCAAGAUAACAAGGGCAAUGCAAGGGUAUGCUGCGACAUUCGGCUCGUCACAACCAUGGCGGUAAUGAAACAACCCGAUCGUGUCCGAGUGACUGCUGCAAUCUCGAGACACUGCGGCGUGUUGAAAACACAAUGGCAAGUCCCUUGAUCGUAGGCAUUGUCAGUUUUGUCAGUUAGCUGUUUUGUUGAUUUGUUUAUUUGACUAAUGUAGACACGUGAUUUAGCUGUUAACACAAGAGUUAUCAAACAGUUUACUGUAGAUUGUAAUUCCUUACAUCAUUGUGCCUGUUUUAUGCAAGGAAUAUUAAAAGGA